GUGUGUGUGUGUAGGGGGAAUUUGUUGAUAGAUAGAACGAGAAAAACAGUCGCUGCAAAACAACAAAGAACGACGCAAACCAAGCGAAUUUAAAUUUAAGUAAUCAAGUCAAAUCAAUUCGCGUUACUUAUCUGCCAUCGUCGAUCAAGAUCUUGUGUACAAACAGCGAAACACUGCUCCUGUAUACAGCAGAAAUAAAAAUCAUCUAAAGGCCAGUGAAAGUGUAACGAGAUAAAAAGAUACAAUCAGGAAAACUUCAGUAGCAAUGACCACAUAUCAAAUGAACUUCAACCAGGACUUUACUUCCCUGUCUGUGCUGAGUCCCACGGGUCUACGCCUGUUUUCAAUUACUAGCCAGGACAAGGUGGAGGAGAUAUUCGCCAAGGACAACACGGAGCAAAUCCGAAUCGUAGAGCGCUUGUUCAACAGCUCGCUGGUAGUGCUGGUCACCGCCCAGAAGCCCAACUGCCUCAAGAUGCUUCAUUUUAAGAAGAAGCAGGACAUCUGCAACUGCUUCUACCCAUCUGAGAUCCUGUGCGUCCGCAUGAACCGGCAACGCCUGAUCGUCUGCCUGGCGGAGAGCAUACACAUCCACGACAUCCGCGACAUGAAGAUCCUACACUCCAUUGAAAACAUCGCGCCCAACGAGCAGGGUCUGUGCGCCCUCUCUCUCAACUCGCACCUGGCCUUCCCGGUCUGCCAAACGAGCGGCGAGCUGCGCAUCUUCAACGCCAGCAAGCUGCGCACGGGCAUGACUAUCAGGGCCCACGACACGUCCCUCUCAGCUCUGGCUUUCUCGCCCAGCGGUGCCCUGCUGGCCACCGCCUCCGAGCGCGGGACCGUGAUACGGGUCUUUUGUGUGAAGAACGGAGAACGGGUGCAGGAAUUCCGGAGAGGCGUCAGCUGCGUCCGCAUAGCCUCACUGGUCUUCUCAGCCAGUGGGGACUUUCUCUGCGCCUCCUCUAACACGGAGACCGUCCACGUUUUCAAGAUAGAUGCGCGGGCAGUGGAGACGGUUGAGCUGAAAGCGAUAGCCGAUGUGGCUGCCAAGUCUGAAAAUUCUGCCAAGGAAUCAGUAGCAUCCGCAGCAGCUGAGGAGAGCAGUAGACCUGUCGCUACGUGGGGCGGAAUGUUUUCCAAGGCUGUGUCAUCGUUGCUGUUGCCCACGCAAGUCAGCGAAGUACUGGCUCAGGACCGAUCCUUCGCCACUGUGCAGCUGGCUCAGGGCGGCCUAAAGCACAUCUGUGCGUUGACCCGUGUUCAAAAGGAACCACGAUUGCUGAUUGCAUGUGAGGAUGGAUUCCUGUACGUGCACGAGUUUCCUGCGGAUCGGGGUGGUUCGUGCAAACUGCUGUCCGUCCAUGACUUGCGCGGAGCCCUGGAGGAUGUUAUAGAGCUUGAGCUGAGCGAAAGCGUGCAGAGGUCGCAGACCAAGCCUUCGAAUCCGUCAACUCUGACGCAGCCUUCGCUUACGAUGCUAAAGAGCUGUGCGGCCAGUGUGCUCAUCGAGAAUCCGGAUCCGAUGCAAGACAACAGCUACGCUGGCAUCUUGAAAGGGGACCAGACAGAUUCGAUGUCUGAUUCUGCCAAGUUUCGCAAGCUUUGCGAUGCCAUCGACACCCCAACAAAGCUUUACGAUGAGCGACAAUUUCCGCCAGUGGCAAUUACCGCUAAGGACUGACCACGUCGCCGUAGCAUCAAGGAUAUGGUCAUAGUUGAUAGACAACAGAUUAAUUAGCAACAUUAGACUAUUCCCUUACGACAAGUCGACCCAAAAACCCGUUUUGACAUCUAUAUCUACCGAAACUUGCUUUAUGAAAUGAAAAUACUCGUUUGAAAAGUAUUUUAUUUUAUAUGAACCCUUAAAAUGUACAUCUCAUGAUGUAAUUAUGUAUAUAUAAAAUUAACAAAAAGAAGUAAAAUAUCUUUUCUUAUUGUGUUAAUUUAUUUUUGCCCUAAUGUUCAAGAUUAUUAAGCCUUAGGCACUAAUUCAAAAUCUGUAUCUUUGUAUUAUAUAAAUGUAGGUAUAACUGUAUAGAAUUAAAACUAGAAUUGUGCGGUAGAAGCUCAAAAAAGGACAAAAAAAAGAAAGAAAUGAUGUACCUUAUAAAAACAUAUUCAACUAGCUUUGCAAUAAAUUAACAGAUGUGUGCAAAAAUAUUAUAUUGUCAAUAAGCAAAUAAUAACUAAGAUAAUUAUUUAGUUAAAAUCCAAUGUAUUUAAUAUAAAAAUUAAAUAUAAUUUAAAUAGGACAACAAUAACUUCAAAUUUAAAUUUGGAAUCCGAAAACAUUACGAAUAUGCUUAGUUAUGUAUCGGAAUUAUUAAUGUACGUAAAUAGAAUAUAUAAGAAAA